AUGAGUGCCUCUACUCUUCCUUACAUGAAGACCAACCCCCAGGUUAUCUUCUUCACGGAUUUCGAUGGGACAAUCACACUUGAAGACAGCAAUGAUUUCUUGACCGACAACCUUGGAUAUGGACAGCAAAAACGCCGACAGGGCAAUCUUGAUGUUCUGGAGGGCAAAUUGAGCUUCCGCGAUUCUUUCCGCGACAUGCUCGACAGUGUCAAGACCCCCUUCAACGAGUGCAUCGCGACAUUGCAGAAGGAAAUGAAGCUGGAUCCUUACUUCCUUGAAUUCUACAAGUGGUCCAAGGAGAACAACGUGCCUAUCGUGGUCCUGUCCUCUGGAAUGGUUCCGAUCAUUCGUGCUCUCUUCGAAGCCUUCCUGGGCGAGGCCCCUGACGACCACCUUCACAUCGUGGCCAACACCGUGGAGGGCCGCGACGGCAAGGACAUCAACUCCGAAGGUGGUUGGCAGAUCAAGUACCAUGACGAAAGCCAUUUCGGCCAUGACAAAUCUCUCGAGAUUAAGCCUUACGCUGCACUGCCGGACAACGUGCGCCCUACCCUUUUGUAUGCAGGAGAUGGCGUUUCCGACUUGUCUGCUGCUUCGGAGACGGACCUUCUGUUCGCCAAGAAGGGCAAAGAUCUGGUGACUUUCUGCCAACGUCAGGGACAGCCGUACACCGAGUUCGUGACCUGGGAGUCUAUUCUUGCCACCACGAAAGCCAUCCUCGGUGGCAAGGUGUCCGUGAAGAAGGCGGCGGCUACCCAAGCCUAA